AUGGUGGCGGGCAUCAGGGCCCUGCAUUACCCCAGGGGCGUGGGGCAGGAGGAAAAAAAGCCUUCAGCACCAGAACACGGAGACCCCGCGGACGGCCCGGGCUCCAGCCUCCUGCGCCUGCGCACAGCCCGGCUCCCGGCUCCCGGGGGCCCGCCCGCCGAGCACACCUUCCGGCUCCGGCUCCGCGAGGUGCUCAGGCGGCCAGCGGUGAGGCAGGAAGAGGUUCAGGAGGCUGACCAAGGGCCUGUUGCUCCUCUAGGGGUCUACGCCCUGGACUGGGACGAGCUGGAUCCCCCAAACCGCAACCCGCUGGGAGGCGGUGGAGACGCCCAGCUCCCGGGAUGUCUCCAGAGCAGUCCUGCGGGGCCUGGGGCCACAGGGGCCUCCCCUCCGAGCCCGCCGGUGCCUCCAGCCUCCGCAGAUGGCACACCCGUGAGGCAGACAACGGCGGGGACGGCGGGACCGGUGGGCGAGGAGGGACCCCUGACUCCUCCAGAGCCAGCGGCUGCCCCCAGCCGUCCGGGCACUGAGCCCGCAGCCUCUGCUGCCGACCCGGCGCCCCCCGCUCUGCAGGGGCCCGAGCCUGCCUGGGGCCCCAGGGAGGAGCACUUCCGAGACGCAGCUGCGGUUCUAGGCAUGGGGGUCGACGUGGACUACCUGGAGCAGUUCGGGACGUCCCAGUUUAAGGAGUCAGCCCUGAGGAAGCAGUCCCUGUACCGCAGCUUCGACCCGCUCCUGCAGGGCAGUCCUGAGAGGCCUGCGCCCGCGGCCCCCACGACCAGCAGUGGGCCGGGCGCCGAGGCGCCUUCCUGUGGGGGCCCGCCCGAGGCCCCGCUGGUGGAGCUGGACUGCGUUGCGGAGCUCCGCCUUGCUGUGCCCCCACCUCCUUGUGUGCUCAGGCCCGGGGGCCCCCUCGUGGCCGUGCUACAGUACAGCCAGAGGGACCCCGCGGUGGAGGCAGCACAGAAGGAGGUCCUGCAGCUGAGGAGCCAGUGUGAGGAGCUGCACCAGCAAAACCUGGAGAUGGGGAAGGUCAUGGACCUGUACGAGAGCCUCCUGUACCGGGUGAUGGAGGAGGCUCAGACAGAGGAGGAACGUGCCAAAGCCGAGAUCCAGAAGGUGCGGAAAGAAAAAGACGAGUUGAGCACAGGUCUGAGCUCCAUGGAGAAGUCCUUCUCCGACCUCUUGAAGCGGCAGAAGGCGGUGAUCGAGGGCUACCGGACGAGUGAAGAGGCGCUGAGGAAGUGUGUGGAGGACUGCACGGACAGGGUCCAGAAGGAAGGCCAGCGGUACCGGGCGCUGAAGGCCCACGCGGAGGAGAAGCUCCGGCUGGCCAACGAGGAGCUCGCCCAGGUCCGGAGCAGGGCCCAGGCGGAAGCGCUGGCCUUCCAGGCGAGCCUGAGGAAGGAGCAGAUGCGUGUCCAGGAGCUGGAGAAGGCCGUGGAGCAGAAGAAACAAGAAAACGACGAGCUGAUCCGGAUCUGUGACGACCUCAUUUCCGUGAUGGAGAAGACCUGA